CUAAAAUUGUCUUCUCCACAUUGUCAAUAUUGUUUGAGGUUAAAUAAUAAAAUAUUGUAAAAUAGUGUCUUGUUAAAUAUAUUUAUUACACAAUAUAAGUAAAUUAAUUCUUAUAAAUAUUUAAAUAAAUAAAAAAUGACAAAAUACAUAGAAUUUCAAGUAGUUGUCUUGGCUGGUGGUAAGGGUUCAAGAAUGACAGAAUUAACAGCAGGAAAAACAAAGUGUCUUUUACCAAUUCAUAAUGUACCAAUGAUUUAUUAUCCACUCAAAUCACUGGAAAAAGCUGGAUUCACUGAAGCUAUUGUAAUUGUAAUAGAAAAUACAAAGAAAGAAAUAACAGCAGCUUUAGACAAAUUGAAUCUCACCAUUAAAUUGGAGUUUGUUGGAAUACCAGAGAGCGAAGAUCUCGGAACAGCUGAUGCCGUUCGUUAUAUUCACGACAAAAUUCACAAAGAUUUUAUUGUUAUUUCAUGUGAUUUAAUUGCUGACAUAAAUAUUACUGAAGUUUUGAAUUUGUACCGCAAAAACAAUGCCAGUAUUACUGCCGUUAUGUUUCCAUUACCCAAAAUACCUUCGACUUUUGUCGUUCCUGGACCUAAAAAUAAACAAAAACCUGAAACAGACUUAAUUGGAAUUGAUAAUAAAACAAAUAAACUAGUAUUUUUGGCCUCUGCAUCAGAUUUUGAAGAAGAUCUUCAUAUUUCUCACAAAUUAUUACAAAAGCACACAAACUUUACUAUGUACUCGAAAUUAUUAGAUGCACAUUUUUACGUCAUCAGUAAAUGGGUUCUCGAUUUCUUGGUACACAACAAGAGUUUUGGAACACUCAAAGGUGAACUAUUUCCUUACAUUGUCAAAAAACAAUUGAGUCGUCCACCGAAACCCUCAGCGGAUGACAAAAAUGCAUCAGUAGUGAAAAUGGACAUCAAAGAUGACAUUUACCGUUUCGCUGUUGAAAAUAAAUUGGAUUCACUGAUCAGAAAAAUGUCUGCAUUCAAUGAUCAUAGUUCUGAUCUUGAUAAUGCUUAUCAUGAUGACAUAAUCAGGUGUUACGCUUUUAUGAUACCCAGUAAUUGUGGACUCAGAGCUAAUACCAUACAAAUGUAUAGUUUUGCUAAUAGCAUGGCAGCAGACACUCCUCCAUACAACAUUAUCACACAAACAAUUUCCCCUCUUGCCACAAUAAAAAGUACUCAGGUUGUUAAUUGUCGUGUUGAUGAAGGAGCUCUGAUUGAUGAAAAGACAUCAGUUAAAGAGUCGCACAUCGGCCCUGCUGCAACUAUUGAACCCAAGACACGAAUUUCUAAUAGUGUUAUUAUGGGAAAUGUCACUAUUAAACAAAGAUGUGUUAUACAAAACUGUAUACUUUGUAACGGUUGCACCGUUGAAGAAGGAUGCGAAUUAAAAGAUUGUCUCAUUGGUGCUCAGCAUAUUGUCCGUCAAGGAAGUAAUCACUCACGUGAAGUUUUAACCGAAGCUGAUAGAUUUAUGGAAAUUUAAUAAAUAAAAUUUUAUAUA